AGGAGCACAGGCACACUCUGACUGGAUUCUAUUUGGAGCUUUCAAAUUAUUUGAAAAGGACUCUACAUUUUGUUUAUGAUUUCCCUCUAUUGGAUUCUUUUGGCAUACGGUUGAUUAGACUUUUUGGUGGCAGCGUCUUGGACAACAGGCCGUAAAAAUUGGACUUUGUCCUCUUUGAGUUCUGUACUGGAUUUGUAUACCGUUUGAAUGCUGAAGUUGGCAAGUGACCCUCAGAAAAGCGGAGGUGAGGUGGUAACGAUGUGGAUCCCAACCCCCAGCAUGACUCUCCCUCAGCGGUUGGUGCUGUACGGGACAUGUGUGGUGGCGUUGAUGAACUCUGUGGGCCUCCUGGUGCUCCUGGUCCAGCAGAAUCAGCAGCGAGCCCUGCUGCAGCAAGCAGAGGUGAAGCUGACAGAGGUGGAGCAGAGCUCCGUGGUGGAGUUCCUCCAGGAGGUGCCGAGAGGAGCGGCAGCUUUGCGGGCUAGGGUGGGGGAACAUCCGCAAUAUCAGUCCCAGUUUUCCAGGAAUAAGAGAAGUGAAGAGCUGGAGAAGGAGCUACAGCAGGAGAUGCAGGAGCUCCACCAGGUGGAGAGACAGGAAGUCAGCCAGGAGGUCAGCCAGGAGGUGGGAGAGGAAGCAGAGAAGAAGAUGAAGAAUGAGAUGAAGCACAAACAUCGACAGAGUUACCCCAAGGCACACCUUCAGGACGACAUGAUGAUGAUGAUGACCUACUCCAUGGUCCCGAUCAAAUUGUUGAUUGACAUUUGCAACAGCACCAAGGGAGUCUGCAUUGCAGGACCACCAGGACCGCCUGGUUUGCCCGGUGUGGACGGUAUGCCCGGCUACAAUGGGACUGAUGGCAUUCCUGGACUGAAUGGACUGCCCGGGGCUGAGGGGAAAAGAGGAAAAAAAGGUGAGAAAGCAGAACCAGGUGAAAAAGGGGAGCGAGGAGAGGCUGGCCCGUCUGGAGAGAAGGGACAACCGUCAAAUGACGUCAUUAUUGAGGGUCCCCCUGGCCCUCCAGGUCCUCCCGGGUCCCCAGGACCUCCUGGCCCUCAGGGGCCUCCAAGAACAAGGCACCACAGAGCCAACCUUCAGGCUGCUCAUUCCAUGGGGCAGUUACACGCAAUUCCAAAUGAUGGAACCUCCUCUGCGAAUGCUUUGAAACUACAUGAGAAGCCAGCUAAGAAGAACGAGUGCCUGAUCAAGUCUCUGAUCAACCCCAGGAAUGUGUCAAAGAUGGAGAGUACAUUCGGCGCGUAUAUGAGAGACACCGCUCAGCUGAACGAUGAACGAAUUUGGGUGGCAGAACACUUUUCUGGUCGUGUGAUAAAGGAGUAUAAAAGCAUCGUCUCCUUCCAGAACAGCACCAGCGAGAUUGUGGAUGUUAAAAAGUUCUACCAAGGCUGCGGCCACACUGUUCACAACGGGUCCUUCUAUUAUCACAUCGCUGGUACUUCCAGCAUUGCCAGGUUUGACUUUCACACCAAGAGGCUUCACACGCUCACUAUAGAAAACGCUUUGUACCACAACCUCGCCUACCUGCUCCACAACUCCAAGACCUAUUUCAAACUGGCAGCAGAUGAGAACGGCUUGUGGCUGAUCUUUGCCUCCAGCGUGGAUGAGAGCAUCACGGUGGCCCAGCUGGACCCGAAGACCUUCUCCGUCACAUCCUACAUAAACACCACCUACCCGCGCACCAAGGCCGGCAAUGCCUUUAUUGCCUGCGGUGUCCUGUAUGUCACAGACACAAAAGACGCUAGAGUCACCUUUGCUUUUGACCUGCUGAAGGGGAAGCCGGUGAAUGUGACCUUUGACCUGAGGUCUCCAGGUGGGGUGCUGGCGAUGCUCUCCUACAGCCCCAAAGACCGACACCUGUACGUGUGGGACCAGGGCUACGUCAGGCUCUACGUGGUCCACUUCAUCUCCGACGAGUGAAAACUGUCUGGAAGUGACAGACAACACGUAGACCUGACUGUUAAAUAGUGAGAGCAAAAUGCCUGCAGACCAACAACUAUUCACUCUGUGGAAACUGGUCAUAUUUGGGUUUUCAAGAAAAAUGUAGACAUCUGUCUUAUAGCGCAUUCCUGUCAGUAAUCGGUUGUUUAAAACUAUAGUUUCACUUAAAGGUGACAUUUUAUGAAAACACAUUUUUCAGUGCUUUUGCUAUACAUUUGGCUAUCUGGAGUGCUAAACUGUGAAACCCAGUCCGUCUCUGUGAAAACAAUUCAGAGUUCAACAAGCCGAUCAGUUUUGCCUCUCCUUCCUCUGUUCCUCCCCAGCUUAUUAGAAUACACUACCCGCAAUCUAAUAAGAAACAGUAUCACCAUUCGCUUGUAUACUGAAAUGGGGCAUUUCAAGGCAGGCGCAAAGACGAUGCAUUUCAGAUGUAAGGUUAAUGCAGGUAUAUUCAAACGUUAUGAUAUAAGGUUUUUUUUCAACAUUAAGGCAUGUAAACAUAUUCUAGUAGAAUCCCAAAAUAUAAGAAUGAAUCUAAAAAUGAGCAUGAUACAUCCCCUGAAGGUCAAUAAUUAUUGUGCUUUUGUCAAAAAUCUAUGUAUUAAAUGUAUAUCCUUUUUGCGAUAUACGUAAGACGAUGCAAUUACUAACAGUGUGAACACUUUUUCUCAUUUUGUAUCAAGUCAUUUUUUUAUACAAAUUUAAUUUAUAACUACAUCUUUGAAGCCGUAUGUAUUCUAAGUUGUUACAAUAUUUAAUGUAUUUGCAUGAUACAUAUCUUAUU